UAAAAAAGAUAUCUGUGAUUUGUUCAAAUACAUUUGUGGGUUGAUGGUUGAAGAAAAAGGGAGACUAGAAAGAAGACAAAGGAUAUGUAAUUCAAUCUAAUGAAAUGUGAUUUUUAUUACUCUGUGUGGAUGGACGUUCUUCAUUCGUUCUUUCUGUCUUUCAGUUUGUCUGCUUGUUGUGCAAUUUGUCUGUUGUCUUUCCUUUCUUUCCUUCACUUUCUCUUUCCUCCUUCCUUUAUUCUUCUCCCUUUGCUCCCCCUUCCUCUUUUUUUUUCUCUCUCCUCUUGUGCAGUGUGUUUCAUUCUUUCUCUUUCUCUUUCUCUUUCUCUCUCCCACUCCCCUCCCACUUCCACUUCCACUCUCACUCUCACUCUCACUCUCACUCUCACUCUCACUCUCACUCUCACUCUCAGUCUCAUUCUCUCUUUCACUCUAUUAUUAUCUUACACAAUCUGUUUACAUUUCUUACACAAACACACAUUCACCCUGAUUAACUUUGUCUUGCUUGUCUGUCUUGUCUUCAUUGUCGAUUGAGCUACUGUUGCCUUGUUGAAACCGAAUGCAACAGGCUCGUGCACACCAAACCACCGUCCGUUAGUGUACCCUAAACUACACACUCGCACUCAAAGAAUCGCAAAGAGAAAAAAAAAAUUUCAAAGGACACAAUCCUUACUUUAAUCAUGUCUUCUAUAAAAAUCUCGGACAAACUCAAGACAAUGCGUUCAUCGCCCUUGAACCCAAAUUCUUCACAUUCCAUCAGUAACGAUAAUUCGACCAUAACAGCUGCCUCAUUCUCUCAUUCGCCUCUACAACAUGAGCUGGAACGCACAGGU